GGGCUUUGAGUCAUCGGCGACCAAUCCGGGAACACUCCUCAAUCCUCAUCCCAGCCCUCCAUCCCGUCCCCAUCCGACGAUCGCCUUACCACAGGACUCGAGCCCGUUGCCCGCUUCCAAUCAUCUUCCCUCCCUCGCAGACGGGCUGCCGGAAAUAUUAAACCCCGAGCAUCGCCAUUAAACUAAGCACAUCAAGCGCAACGAUCACAGUAGAUAAACCUAUCUGCAUCAAUUUACUCAUCCACAUACUCAUAUUUAAACUCCUCUCUACGAACAGCUCAAUUUACCAUGCAAAACAAUGGAACAGUGAUUAAGAACAACGAUCCGUCCAUCCCUCACCCAACUGCACACGCCUCGCCGCCCGUCAUUUAUAAGCCGCCAACUCUCUCUUUGUCUUCGCCGCUCCGCCAUCGUACACCAUCCCCACUAAAACCAGCCGUUUCUGUAGGUGUUAGUUAUACCGCCGCUGUUCCAAUGGCCAUGCCCAACCCAAGAACGGUGUUGACAUCCGCGCCGUCACCGCCCGGCUCCUCCUCCUCCUCCUCCUCCUCCUCCUCCUGGUCGGCGGCGGAGUUCAUGGCGCCAGCGCCUCCGUCGCCCUCCGACGGGGAGCUGCUGCGCUCGCUGCACCGCCUGGCGCGGGACCUGUCCGCUGCGGCCGAGACGCCGGCCCCGUUCCUGCGCGGCGCGCUCGCGUCCAUCACCAGGCGUUCCAAGCUCCUGGCCGCGGCGUUCGACGACCUGGUCCCGUGCGCCGCGGCCGAGGACAUGCCGCGGUCCGCGUCGCUGUGCCUGCGCGAGGUGCUCCUCGUGCUGCAGCGCUUCAAAGCCCUGGCCGCCGACUGCGCCGCGCGGAGCCGGAUGCGGCUGCUGCUGCGGUCGGACGAGAUCGAGGAGGAGGUGCGGGAGCUGCACCAGGACCUGGCCACGCUGCUCGACCUCCUGCCGGUCGUCGAGCUGGGCCUUGCCGAGGACGUCAUGGACCUGCUCGACCUCGCGUCGCGCCAGUGCAGGCGGUUCGCGCUGUCUGUCCAGGCGGAGCAGGCGCUCAAGGCUAGAGUGCUCGCGCUGAUACAGGAAAUUGAGCGGGAGAUCGUGCCGGAGCGGGAGACGCUGCAGGAGAUCCUGGAGGAGGUGGGCAUCAACGACCCGGCCAGCUGCAGCGAAGAGAUCGAGAGCCUCGAGCGAGAGAUCAGCGACCGCGCCUCGGAGAGGUGGACGGACGCCAUGAUCGCGCUCGUCGGUCUGCUGCGGUACGCAAAGUGCGUCCUGUUCAGCGCCACGCCCCGGCCAACGGAUUCCAGGCCGGACCCUGAGAUCGAUGAAGAGCGCGAGCCCCCGGCGCCGCCGCCGGACUUCCGCUGCCCCAUCGCUCUCGAUGUCAUGCGCGAUCCCGUCGUCGUCGCCAGCGGCCAGACAUACGACCGCGAGUCCAUCUUCCGGUGGUUCGACUCCGGCAAGUCAACGUGCCCCAAGACAGGGCAGGUCCUUACCAUUCUGGAGCUCGUGCCCAACACGGCGCUCAAGAACCUAAUCUCUAAGUGGUGCCGGGACAACGGCGUCGCCAUGGAAAUCGGCGAGGCGAGCAAGAGCGAGCCAGCCCAGGCGGUGGCCGCGAACAAGGCAGCGCUGGAGGCGGCGCGCAUGACGGCGUCGUUCCUCGUGAAGAAGCUCGCCGUCUCCUUCUCCCCCGACGCGGCCAACCGCGUCGUGCACGAGAUCCGGCUGCUGUCCAAGUCCGGCGCCGACAGCCGCGCGUUCGUCGGGGAGGCCGGAGCCGUGCCGCUGCUGGUUCCGCUGCUCUACUCCGAGGACGCCGGGCUCCAGCUCAACGCCGUCACGGCGCUGCUCAACCUCUCCAUCCUCGAGGCCAACAAGAAGCGCAUCAUGCACGCCGAGGGCGCCGUGGAGGCGGUCGCCCACACCAUGAGCGCCGGCGUGACGUGGCGCGCCAAGGAGAAUGCGGCGGCCGCCGUGCUCAGCCUGGCAUCCGUCCAUACCUACCGGCGCCGUCUCGGCCGGAACCUAUCCAUCGUGGAGAAACUGGUGCAUCUGGCCCGCACCGGCCCGACGAGCACCAAGAAGGACGCGCUGGCCGCGCUGCUGUCGCUGGCCAGCGAGAGGGAGAACGUGGGAAAGCUCGUGGACGCCGGCGUCGCGCAGGUGGCCCUGUCCGCGAUCAGCGAAGAGGAGACCGCCGCGGCAGUGCUGGCCGCUCUGGCGAAGCGCGGCGGCGCGGAGGCCAUCGUGGGCAUCGACGGCGCCGUGGCAAGGCUGGUGGCCGAGAUGCGGCGCGGCACGGAGUGGGCCAGGGAGAACGCGACGGCGGCGCUGGUGCUCCUGUGCCGGCGGCUGGGCGCGCGGGCGGUGACGCAGGUGAUGGCCGUGCCCGGCGUGGAGUGGGCCAUCUGGGAGCUGAUGGGCACCGGCACGGAGCGCGCGCGUCGAAAGGCCGCGUCGCUCGGCAGGAUAUGCCGCCGGUGGGCCGCCGCCUCGACCGCCGACGGCGAGCGGGGUAGCGUGUGCCCGGCCGCCAGCGUCGUGCCGCCGGCCAUGAUGGCGUCAUAAACUCGUAAUAAAGUACGUAUACCCAAGGGCAAUGCCAGAUAGGCCAAGACUCAAAUUAAACGAUUCCCCCCUUCUCAUGUACAGUACAAAGUUUGCUUAGGCUGUCACGAUUCUUUUGGUCAGAGAGUGAUAAUGGUGAGUGGUUGAUCAACUGUGCAUACGGAGCUCUUUCUGUGCCAAUGUAGUCUCCUCCGUCUCCACCAAAAUUAUUUAUUCUUCAUUCAUCAGCGGCUCUAGAUAAAGAAUGGAAAUGGCUCUAGUAUUUAACUCCA